UUCUGUUUAAAAACACUCAUUCUUACAGAAUCAUCACUACUUUUCAGAAUUUUUAUCAAUAAUUGUGGUUUUUGCAGAAUUUGUGUUUAUUUGUUCAUUAUAAAUGGGAUGUAAUUCAGUAUCCAGGCCGGCAGGGGGCGCGCACCGAUAUUAAAAUGUUGCGCGUUCAACGGGAAAAAAAAAAAAAAAAAGAUCGCAGGCUCUGCGGAGUCUGCGCAUUUCUCCCCGCUCCGAACUUUCGGGAGAACCCAGGAGGAAGGAGGGGAGGAUCAACGCCAUUUUUUUCCUGUGCAGGUCCAGGGUUUUACAGGACAGUCCAGGUGCAGGGAGAACCAUGUCGACCCCGUGGCAGGAAGAGGAUGACGAGUUAAAAGCAGGAGUAAAAGGACUGAAACCCAAACCCAGGUUCUCCUUCAACGAGAUUCGGGUGCUGCUGGACGCCGUGAAGAGGAACAGAUUCAUCCUGCUCAGGAAGUUUAACCAGGGUGUGUCCACAGACACCAAGAAACAGACCUGGGCUGAGAUCACGAACCAGGUCAACGGUUUGGGAGAGAACCACAGAGAGGUGCGGCAGAUCAUGAAGAAAUGGACCGACCUGAAAUGUGACGGGAAGCGUCGCAUCAUGGCGUCACGGGGCCCCAACGGAGUCAAGCUGAGGAAGAAGAUCCUGGGCCCCGUGGAGAGGAUGGUCCACAAGAUCCUGAUGAUGAGUCCUACUGGAGGAGAUGGAGACAGUGACCCGGAGCUGAGUCAGGAUGAGGACUUUCCAAAGUCCUUCAAAGAAGCCCCGCCCUACUCCUACCUGAACCUUAACGAGAGCUCGCCGUCUUUCCAGGAAGGUUAUCUCUUUGACCUUUCACCUCUGUCCUCUCCAGAGAAAGAACUGGGUGAUCCUCUUCACUCCUCCUCUGACUUUGACCUGGCUGAUGAUGGAGAACAAACGAUGGAUUUUGAUGAAAUCGACGACUCAGUGUUCCCCUCCCUGCCCCCMUCCUCCGCCUCCCUGGACCCCCCUCCUGACAACUCCCUGCUGAGGUUGAAGCCCCUUCACACGUACUCCAGAACCCACCAGAACUCCAGCAAACCUGCUCCUGGUCCUGGUCCCUCCUCCUCUGCUGCGCCUCCUCCUCCACAGACACCCACUGUGACCCCCUCCUCCCUCCCCCCCUCCUCCUCCUCAGCUUCAGUUACAACCAACGGUUCUGCUCCUGCAGCCUCCUCCUCUUCCUCCUCCGGCCCCCCGGACCCCCUCCCUCCUGGAUGUUCCCAGCGCAGGUCUCAGGAGCAGGUGGCCCAGUUGGCCUCUCAGAGCGUGCAGCAGCAGCGGGCCAGCCGGAUGCUCCUGACCUCGGUGUCCCGGUCUCUGGAGACCCUGGCCCAGUCCGUCCAGCUGCUGGUGGAGAGCCAGCAGGAGUUUGUUCAGGAGUCCCUGCUGCUGCAGAGGGAGACCGUGGACAUCCUGAGGGACUUCUCCAACACCACACUCAGCAUGCUGAGGGACAAAACCAACAGUGGACCUCUGCAGACACAUCCUCCUCCUCCUCCUCCUCCUCCUCUUCACCAUCAUCAUCCUCAUCAUCCCACAGCACGGUUCUGAACUGUGAGGGAGGAGACGAGAGGAGCAGGACUGAGACAGUCAGCCUCCAUGUUGUCUCCUCGUCUACAGGGACAGACACGUUUGGUUUUAGACUUUUAUUCAAG